UAAUGUAAACAUGGGACAUAAAAUUAAAGAAAGAAUAAAAUGAAGCUAGAUAUGCUGAUAUAGAUUCAAUAUCUAUAUUUGUAUUUCAAAGUAGAAUUUUUAUAUAUUCUAUUUCUAGAUCUAGACAAGUGACAUGCUGUAAGACUCAACUUUGAAAAAACUGCGUAGAGAAAAGAGAAGAAUGAAGUUACAAGUUUUAGGUCGCAUACGUCCUAUGUACAGAGGUGAAGGAGUUGCCUUGCAUCGAGAGAAUGACACAAAAAUAGCUGCACGAGCUGGAGGACCUUUUUUUGGGUUUUUGGAGCUUCACAGUGAAAAAAGUACCACAUAUGAUGUUUUUAAAACUUCAGUAUUGUCCUUGGUGGAUGUCUUUGUUAAUGGAUGCAAUACGGGUCUACUGAUUGCAGGGGAAACUGGCUCUGGAAAGUCUUUCACUAUGGCUGGAGAAGGAGAUUUUAAAGCCGGCUUAGUUCCCCUAAUCUUUGAUCAGCUCUUUUCAAUAUUAGCAAAAGAAAAUUAUAGAGCUGAUGUAGAAAGUAAAAGGAUCCAGUCGAGAGUAAGUCUACAAAUGUUUGAAGUUUACAAUGAAGUAAUUAGAGACCUUUUGAUAUUGCCGAUUGGAUCACGUCCAACUGUCGACAUUCAAGAAAAUGCUAUUCAGGGGGUACAUUUACAGAAUAUUACGGAGCUCUCUUUAAAUGAUAGCACUCAGGCUAAAGCCCAGUUCAUACAAGGCUGGGGCAGACGUACAGAACUAUCAAGUGACUCAGGCCUGGCAUCUCACAAUUCAGCCAUUUUCUGUCAAGUCCUGCUAGAAAGAAUUUAUGGAAAUGGAAAGCAUCCAAUCAAAUCAAGAUUUACGAUUGUUGAACUUCCUGGCCUAGAAAACCUCGGGGAAGACACCGGAUACAGUGCUCUGUGGCAAGGGAGUCAAGCCAACAAAAGUCUGAUCACUCUUUCACAAGUGGUUAGCUCCCUCGCCGGCAACCCAAGUCCUGACAGAGUCAUCAACUAUAACAACUCCAAACUCACACGACUUUUACAAGAAGAGCUUGGAGGCAACUGCAACACUCGAGCUCUUGUUUGCUUGAAACCCUUCUCCAAGCCAGACACAGUCGGUUUGAUUGUCCAGUUCUGUCAGAAGUUAUCGCAAGUCACAACAUUUCCCAUCGUCAAUGACAGUUCAGCUCAGAGUUUAUUGACACAAGAACGAGCCAAACUUCUCAUUCUAAGACAACAGACAAGUCUUGGUUCUGUCAUGUCAUCUGUACCGCCCUACGGACCUGACAUGGUCUCUGACAUUCGCAGACUUCAAACUGAAAAUUUAGUACUUAAAGAUCAGAAUGAGAGGCUCCAAUUACGACUGGACCAACUCAGCAAUAAGUUUGGUCAUGUUGCCAGCACUAAGACUGACCUUUCUCAACAACUUCUGCUCAGCGAAGAAGAAAAAUUAAAGGUGUCACAAUCCCUUGUAGAGAUGCAGAUUGAGAAUAAUAAAAUCAAAGAAGAAACUGAGGCCACAAACUUUGAACUCACAAAUAAGAUUAUUAUGCUAGAGAAUCAACUGUUGGAGGCUCAAAAUGCAUCAGACAGACACAAGAGAGCAGCCAAAGCUGCCAAGGAGCAGUUGAAGGAACUGGAGACAGACAGGAAAGAUUUAGCUGAUGAGUAUGUUGUGUUGAAGACCAAUUACCUGGCUUUGACCAAUGAGCAUAAGAGAGAGUGCUCAAGAAAUGAAAAUUUGGCAAUAGAGCUGUUGAAUCUGGUCAACAGUAAAGCAGCUCUCAUGAGACAGGUUCUGAUUCUCACAAAUGCUGACCCAGCCCAUGCUGAUGAUCCAAAUGCAGAGAUUGCUCGUAUCAGGGCCAUCAUACACCAGAACUCUUCUGGAAAAAUCAAAGCAGAUGAAAUCCUAGGUACGCAGAGAGACAGAGAGGUUAUUGAAGACAGGCUGUUUGCCAGCCAGAGAAAGUUUGAGUCAGAGAUUAAUAGGUUAAAAGUUGACUAUGGAGAUGAGCACAAGAAAUAUGAAAACAGGAUGAAUGCUCUGAUGAAAGAACUGGCUGAUACCAGAGUCUUGGCCAGAGAAAGACAACACAAAAUUUCUGAGUUAAAUGCUAAACUAAUCACAUUAAGGGGAGAGAAGGAGGCAGUUGAGACUCAGACCAACCGUCUGCAACACAAGGUCAAGGACCUUGGUGAAGACUUCAGAGCUCGACUAGUUAAAUAUGUUGAGGACAUCGCAGAAUAUGUGGACAAAGGGAGUGGUGUUCCAGGUCAACAACAUGAGAAAAAGAUGAGAGAUUAUGUGGAUAACAUGUUGAAGGACAUCCGAAGGUCACAUAGAGAGCGAGAAGACCAGCUUAGUCAAGCAGCUCAGACAUUCAAGAAGCGCUUGCAGAAUACAGUACACAGUUAUGAGCAGGUGCUAAUAGCCUACAGAAAUCUGCGACAGACUUGUGAAGCAAGAGGCUUUGACAGAGCUGAUCUUGGUCCGGAUGAGUACGAGCUGAAGCUAGGAGACACAGAGAUCCAGUCUUCUCAUCUUAAGGAGCUGGAUAAAGCUAAGACAGAACUAAACAGAGCCAAGAAUGAACUAGAUGCUGUCAAACUUCGAUAUGGUUUGUUUGGGGAUGACAAGAAAGAAAACUUAGGAGACUUAAAUUCCAUCUCAGCAAGAUCAGACCUAUGGGCAGCACUAAGGAAACAACUUCGGGAGUUUACUCUAAACACACAACAACAGCUUGAGCAGGAGAGGGCGCGACUGUUGAGUGAAAAUCAAGUUUUAUCGCAACAGCUGAAAGAGAGUCAGGAAUAUAUUGACAGCCAUCUUGUUCGGUACAAGCAAGAAAUUCUUCGACUGCGUAAAAUGCUUGGAAUGUCUGAGACAGAAGCCAGCAUACUAACUGACCGGCUUGCUAAAAUUAGAAAAAAAUAAAACCUACAUUUAUAAUCAAGCACAAGUUUUUAAAAAUGUUAAUUAAAAAAGAAAUGCAACUUUAAAUUAUCUUUUUUUAUAGGGCACACCAUGGCCUAAAUUGUGCUGAUGUGCCAAAAAUCCAAAAUACUACGUUUUUAUUUAUUUAUUUUAAAAUCUAAAUUUGUUUACCUAAUAAAUUACAAAAAUUUGUUCUAUUAAAAUCAUGAACAAUAUUUUUUGUAACAAGCAGAAACGAAACGUUGACAAAAUGUAAAGAUGAGUCAUAAGAAACAAAAGUCAUCUGAUUUUAAUGAUUGGCCUCCACCACUCAAGUUUAUGGUAUUUCCUUUGUUGAACAAUAGUAAUGCCUAGUAUCUGUAUUUUGAAAAGAACUACAUAUUAAAUUUCCGUCCAUUGUAAUCAGUUUGUAAGUUUUAACUUAGGCAUCAGCCGCCAAUGUGACAUUUGUAUUUGUUUUUUUAUUAUCUUUGUUUUUAUUUUGUGAUAUUGUACAACUUCUCUGUGAUGAUUAAUAUUUUAUAUUGAGAAAUAAAUAUUGUUUUUUUUUUAA